AUGCAAGUUUUGAACCUCUCCAGAUUAUUCAACAUCUCUUACUUCAGUAAACGACCCAGUCAAAAGGCUCACGAAUUUGACUACUCAAAGAUUAGUGAGAGGAUCAAUCAAGACGGUUACGUUGAAGUACAGUGGCUUUACAGUGAUGAUAUAAAGCAAUUGGAGCCCACAGACAGAACUUCUAACUCACCCAAACUCCCAAGCAAUAAAUCCUACUCAGAGAAUAGCGAUGAAGUAGAUGUACCAAUUUCUGAAUUUGUUCUCUUUACAAAACAAUUACAGGCCUCAAAGAGAGAUACACUUAAUACUGGUAGUUUUGCUGAUAGUCUACACCGUCGCAGAUCCGCUAGGGAACAACAGAUGUCUCGCAAACUACUGUUAUUGAGUACUAAGCCAUAUCCUAAUUCCGAACAGAACAAAUUACAUGUUCAAGACUACAAACAGCUAGAUGACAUGCUAACAUCUUCCGAAGAUUUGGAGCUCAAUGAUAAGAACUUACGCAGGUCGAAGUUUAUAUCUAGAAGGGACUGGGACGGCAAAAAGGCAUUGAGGGCUUUGAAAUGCUAA